AUGCAAGGAAAUCUCAGCAACGUAUCUAACGAUAUCCUCGACGCUGAUGCAGAGUUUGACGGAAAGAUUGUAUUUCUGGUGUUCGUGUUGUUGCUUAUCCUUGCAACAGUCGUUGGUAAUGGUUUCGUAUUCAUGGCUGUUUACACAUUCCGUGAGUUGAGGACGGUAACAAAUUACUUCAUAGUGGCCCUUGCCGCCGCAGAUGUGGCCGUUGCUCUUUUGGCGAUGCCGGUAUGGCUUGUAAGAUCACUUGUUCACGUUGAAAGGGAACAAGAUAAUUAUGUGAUGGAUUUGUGCACCCAAUGGAUCGAUCCAUUCUGUUGUACAGCAUCCAUUGUGAACGCCACGUUAGUUUCCAUUGACCGUUAUUGUGCCAUUAGCAAGCCGCUACGCUACAGAACCAUGGUGACACCACUUCGUGCUAAGCGCUCCAUUGCCGUGGUUUGGGGAUUCGCAGUGGCCAUUGCAGGAGUCUCCUUUCUGCAAUUUCAUGAGUCCUACACGGUUAUCGAAGGCUAUGUUAUAUUUCUAUUCGUGACGCUAUUUUGUAUUCCCUUAAUCACGAUGUCGUUUGCGUAUAUCUCGAUCUGCAGGGCAGCCAUCCACCAGAUUUCUAAGAUGCACUCCACACGACUUAGCUCAACGUCUUACGAUCAAGACAGGAGGCAGUCGUUUGAACGACGAAAACGCUUCUUCAGAGAACUAAAAAUCACCAAAAUGCUUGCAGUCAUAGUGAGUCUGUUUAUUAUUUGCUGGAGUCCAUUCCUUGUGGUAACUCUCAUUGAAGCGUUCACGACUGAGGAAAUUCCACUUGCAGUUCAAGGUGUCAUCGUCUUUCUUCCCUACGUGCUUUCAUGCGCAAACCCUUGGAUCUAUACUGGAAUGAACAGGGAUUUUCGUUUGGCCUUUAAAAAGUUUUUUUGUAGCUCAAAGAUUCUAUGCCUUAAACGUUCCAGAGAGCGCAGCGCAAACGAGCGCAUGUUAAGGCCACUACCGUCGACCACAGUCGACGAAACCUUCAUUUCUAACGGCUUGCGACAAGGAUCCAACUCGAUUCGAAAGGUUUCCAGUCGUGGACCAGAAAUUACAACUGUUUAG